AAAGAACUCCUCGAAACAAUUGUAAUGAUGACUAUAGUGUGCAGUAUGUGCGUAUUUGAUAUGAAUUCAUGAGAGAGUGGCACACACGCGCACAAGGCCUUAUUUGGCCUUAAGCUGAGUUUGUGUCGUCGGGUCAUAAGGGUUAGUGUUGUCUUGACGUGAAGUGGGUCAAGUCGUGACGGGGCGAGGAGCCAAGUCUGAGCAAGAACACGCGUCAUGGGUAAAUGGCUGAAGCAGCGUGUGGCUCAUCGGCCAAACUGGGAGAACCAUCGUACGUUGGCCAUCCCAAACUCGCUCCGUGCUUUGAAGAGCUGUAUCCGCUAAAUGCAGUUCCUCGUCCUUGCAAAGAAGAAACCAGCAGGGUCAGCAAUUAGCGACAAGCGUUGUCGUGGGUGCACCUUGCGGAGGAGGGCGCGCAAAGAGGAUUAGCGUAGCCACCCGUCGCUUAGCCCAGUUAGCGCAGGUGUCCCAUCUGUCCCCAUGGACUCCGGCGUGGAGCUGGACGUGCUCAUCUACCCCGACGAGGUGCGGGCGGCCACCCCCGAGGACCUCCGCCGGUGGGAGCUGGAGACGGCCAGCCAGAGGUCGGCGCCGCCCGCCGAGCCCCGACUCUUUGUGGCGCUCUACCCGUACAACCCCGCCGCCAUGUCGCCCAACCCGGACACGGCGGCCGAGGAGCUGCCCUUUGUGCCUGGCCAGAUCAUCAAGGUGUUUGGAGACAAGGACUCGGACGGCUUCUAUCGCGGCGAAUCGGGCGGCCUAUGGGGUUACGUCGCCGGCAACCUGGUGGCCGAAGUCCCCGUGGAUGACCGCGACCUCAAACAUUUGCUCAUGCGCCAGGGCUUCAUGCCUGUGGACCAAACAGGAAUGUGUUUGAGUCCCGACCUGACGGACGCGUCGGCUGUGGCGGAAGAUUCGCUGGUACGUCGCAUGGUGGCCCUUUUCGACUACGACCCGUGGGAAAGUUCGCCCAACGCCGACAGCGAAGCCGAACUGGGCUUCCGUUCGGGCGAUAUCAUCUACGUGCUGGGCGACAUGGAUCCCGACGGCUUCUACUACGGCGACCUGCAAGGACGGCGAGGUUUGGUGCCGUCCAACUUUCUGCAGCCGCUGCCGUGGGAUUAGAAUCCGAAGCGUCCUAAUUCGGUUUGCACUCGUCAGUGCAAUGAAUGAUCAUCUACGGCUCUGUGGAGACUUGAUUGAUUUGAUAGGUUUGAGUAAAAGGACGAAAAAUGUCCGGGAUUUGUUUCAUCUCUUUAUGAAGACAGCUAAAUGCGCUUUGCUCCAUGUUUGUCUAUUUGAAUCUUUUUUAAAACGUUGCCAAACAUGUUGUGCUUUUACAAAUAAAGACCCUACAUUUGAUGCA